GCAGAGAAAGCACACGGCCAGGAGCCUGAGAGAAGUGAGAGUUACAACAGCAGGAGCAGCAGGUUGGGAAGAUGAUAGGCAUCUUGGUGCUGCUCCCUUCUUUCCUUUCCUUCCUGUUCAUGGCAGUUCCCUACAUCAGGAAGCAUUUUGCUGGUGGAGUUUGUACAUCAACUGCGCAGCUUCCUGAAAAGGUAGCUGUGGUCACUGGAGCCAAUACGGGUAUUGGAAAGGAGACAGCCAAAGAUCUUGCUCGUAGAGGAGCCAGAGUAUAUAUUGCCUGCCGGGAUAUACUAAAGGGGGAAUCGGCAGCCAGUGAGAUCCGGGCUGCAACAAAGAACCAGCAGGUGUUUGUUCGGAAGCUGGACUUGUCUGACACCAAGUCAAUCCGAGCCUUUGCCAAGGGAUUCCUUGCAGAAGAAAAGCAGCUCCACAUACUAAUUAACAAUGCAGGAGUGAUGAUGUGUCCCUACUCCAAGACAGCAGAUGGCUUUGAGACUCACUUUGGAGUUAACCACUUGGGCCACUUCCUUCUGACUCACCUGCUCUUGGAGAGGCUGAAAGAGUCAGCACCAUCCCGUGUGGUGAAUGUAUCUUCCGUGGCUCACCAUUUUGGCAGUAUUUACUUCCGUAACCUGGAUGGGGAAAAGUACUACAAUAGGGUCUUUGCUUACAUCCAGAGUAAGCUGGCCAACGUGCUUUUUACCCGGGAAUUGGCUUAUCGGUUGAAAGGGACUGGUGUCACCACAUAUGCCGUCCACCCAGGCAUUGUCCAAUCUGAACUGGUGCGUCAUUCAUUCGUCUUGUGUCUGUUGUGGCGUCUUUUUACCCCUUUCUUGAAGUCAGCCCAACAAGGAGCUCAGACGAGCCUCCAUUGUGCUUUGGCUGAGGGUAUCGAGUCUCAGAGUGGCAGGUAUUUCAGUGAUUGCAAGAAAGCAUGGGUGUCACCAAAGGGUCGAAACAACAAAACAGCCAAGCGCCUGUGGGAUGUCAGCUGUGAGCUCCUGGGCAUCUAGCGGGAAUGCAUGGUGGCAGAAGAGAAGGUGACUUCAUAUCCCUAGCCGGGACUAAUUGAGCCCAAACAGCCAGGAGCAAUUCCCUAAGAAGAAGGCACAUUGACAUGGGAAGGAUCAGUCGCUGCUUGUGGACACACUCCUCCUCUAUUCCACCUCCAUCACCUGGCCGAGAACCUUUGUCCUCUCUGUCCUCUUGCUAGCUUGGCUCAUUUGGAUAGACAUUUGCAUUUACAUAAUCUUCUCACCAAAGGGUGUGGUGAGUAGCGCGGUGGAUUAUUUGGUUAGGCCUAAAAGACAGGCCCCUGCUUACCAAUGGCAGCCAUUGAAGGGGUACCAGGGGAGCUAACAUUGGUUUCCCCACUCAUCAUACCUGGUUCCAGCUAGUUAGUCUUCCAUUUUAGAAACACUCUUUACUUGGCCUUAGAUGAAUUGAAAAGGGCCUAGAGUUAUACCUCUCAAACUGGCAGGAGACUAUGGCCAAGCCUUCUUCUCGUUGGAAAACCAAUCCUUGUCAAUGAUCUCAGGGCACCCUCCUCCCUAAAUCUGGAUUCCCCUUUGAAUACUUCCUCUGAGCCACUUUGUGUUGCUGCUGUAAAGACAUUUUCCCAUCUCUAGGCAUGGGGAGAGUUUCCUUUUAUAAGUGUUUUGGUUGUUUGUUUUUUUUCUCCUCAAUUUUUGGAGAAAAUAAAGACCAAAUAAGUUCUAUA